AUGUCCGCUCAUCGUGAUCUCUCGUCUCGAUGCCCACGAUGUGCAUUUGAUGCCGGAAGAGGAGGCGACAUCAUAAGACAUUGGAUAGAAACCGGAUGUCACCGCGAAUGCCCGGUCUGCAAGGUUUGGUAUUACCAGGAGAGUUAUGACGUUCACCUUGAAUUGAAUCCCUACUGCCGUCGCGUAACCUUUACUUCAGAAUCCACCCAAACCACACAACCAUCGGAUCAGUCCGAACAGCAGGCGCUCGUACUUUUCGAGCCCCAAGUAUACCAAGGAACGAAAGUCGAAAAGAACGAUGGUAUGGGCACAAAAUCGGCAAGUGUAGACCUCAUUGUCCAAUUUCCUUGCCCGGCUCCUAAUAUUUUCGAAUAA